AUGCAAAGCUAUUCUCGUAAUAAACAAAACAAAUAUCAACUCGAUCACCAUCUUCACACCUCCACCUCCACCUACAACGAUACACUCCCGAGAACUCCUUCCAAAGAUCAGAAAAUGGCAGCACCAGGAACACAAUCACUAAAGUGUGUUGUAACAGGAGAUGGAGCUGUUGGCAAGACAUGUCUUUUGAUUUCCUACACUACCAAUGCAUUUCCCGGCGAAUAUAUUCCCACUGUAUUUGACAAUUAUUCCGCCAGUGUGAUGGUUGAUGGAAAGCCGAUAAGCCUGGGUUUGUGGGAUACUGCUGGACAGGAGGAUUAUGACAGACUUCGCCCCCUUUCGUAUCCUCAAACAGACGUGUUUUUGAUCUGUUUCUCAAUUGUCAGCCCUCCAUCUUUCGACAAUGUCAGAGCAAAGUGGUUCCCCGAAAUAUCACAUCAUGCACCUGGUGUUCCUAUUAUCCUUGUUGGAACAAAGUUGGAUCUUCGAGAUGAUGAGCCUACGAAAGAAUCUCUCAGGGCCAAACGAAUGGAGCCAGUAACCUAUGACCAGGCAAGAGGUGUAGCCAAAGAGAUCCGGGCACAUAAAUACUUGGAAUGCUCUGCCCUAACACAGAGAAAUUUGAAGAGUGUAUUUGAUGAGGCAAUUCGGUUAGACAUCCCCUCUGUUGCAAGAUAUGACAAUGAUGAACUAACCAAAACAAGUGCUGUCCUAAGUCCACAACAACAAGCACCGAAGCCAAAGAAGUCCAAGUGUACAGUGCUAUGA